AUGGCCCCCGCGGCGGCUCCGUCCUCCUUGGCCGUCAGGGCCUCAAGCCCCGCCGCGACACCCACCUCGUACGGCGUCUUCUGCAAGGGGCUCUCCCGCACCCUGCUCGCCUUCUUCGAGCUGGCCUGGCAGCUGCGCAUGAACUUCCCGUACUUCUACGUCGCGGGCUCGGUGAUCCUCAACAUCCGAUUGCAGGUACAUAUUUAGAGCCAUGACUAAGCUAACGGCCUCCGGGGCCAGCAUGAUGGCCGACUCCCAGGGUCCGUUGCGGCGCGGCGGAGCAGCCAAUGGCGAGCCCCACAGUCUCGCGAGAGUGCUCAGGCGCUCUUCGUGGCUGCCCUCUUAGCUGCUAGCGGAGCUCCUCAGGGGGCGGCCGGGAGCCUACAAUCCCUAGAAAGAAAAUACGCGAUUCCGGAAACAGAACUGCAGUUAAGACCCUCGAAAAGAUCUAAGAAAGUGUGCAUCCUAAAACACCUGACGAAUUUCAGAAUGUGACAAAGCGCAGAGGAUGCAUUAUUUCAAACCAAAACAGAAGGCUAAAAUUUGCAGGAAAAAGAAAAUCAGUAAACCGGGAAUCCUCGGACUGGAUUGUAAGCAAGAUUUGAAUGAAUAAGAAGCUGAAGGUAUUAAGGCUGUGAUAUAGAAGGUACAUACUUCUUCAUCCCACAAGAGAAAACAAUAAUAAUCAGAAAUUUUCAGUGAAAAAAACGCAAAACUGUACAGGAAAAUCAUCCUCCAAGUACCAGACAUAAAAUGCUGCAAGCUUUUGAACUAAUGGCGAGAGUGUAAGAAAAUGGGCUCUACUUCAGUGAUCCUGUGGCAGGACGUGGAUCAAGACUUGGAACCGCAGAAAACGAAAUCCCAUAGUAGCACAAAGCUUGGCUGUUCAGUGAAUAACAUUUAAAUAAUCGUAAAAUACAAAUGUUGUUUAUGGUUUUUAUUGUUUAAGGGCAUACUUAAUUAUGGUUACAAAGUGGAGUGCAAAUGUUAUUAACCAUGUUUUAAAAAUACAGCUGGAAAUACAAGUGGGAAUGUUGAAGGAGGGCGGGGGAAGUAAAUGGAAUGGGGGUUAUGUCCUUAUAAAGUGGAAACUUGAAAGGUACUGUCUGUUGUUGAGUGGGGAAAGACAUUUUUAUUACUUACAGGGUAGCCAUAAAGUUUCUAAAACGGUAAUAUAUUAAAGAGGGAGAGUGGUAGGGGAGAACAGUAUGAAGUCAACAGGAAAUGGCUAAAGAUGGAGAGCUCAGGUAGAAUAGUUUAAAAAAUAAAAAUUGAUAGAGUACCUGGUGUAUUUGAAUACAGCCUAGAGAGCUUUCAUUUUCCAAAGAGUGUGGGGAUAAAUUAGUGAAUGCAUAUUUUUCAAAAUUAAGAAAACAGAACAUAUAAUUUUGAACGCUGAGAAAAAUAAAAAUUUAAAAACUACACUGUAUACAAGGUAUACCUCAACUAUGAAUAAUAGUAGUCAUGUAAAGUCAGUCAUAAUUAUGUAAAUACUGAAUACUGAUUUUACAACAAAUGAUUCUAUAACGCUGGGAGGAUGGGAGAAGAGAGAUGUGUGUGUGUGUAAUGGUGGUGAGCCAAUCAAGAUCUGAUAUAGAAAAAUGCAGAAAAAGGAGUAUACACGUUUUUUCGGAUUAAAAAAACUAAUAAUAAAUCACCAAGAGUGGUAAAGUUUUAAAUCAAGAUCUGAUAUAGAAAAGUGCAGAAAAAGUAGUAUACACAUUUUUUUUUUCAGGAAAAAAUUAACUAAUAAACCACUAAGAGGGGCAAAGUGUUAAACUAGUUGCAUUGUUCUAUAUUCCACUCAUUGUGUCCAGCAAACAGUGUUCUAUGGCUUUAAGUAGUAAGCAUCUUGGCCCGUCCAACACCAUGUCUGGCCUCGGGUAAUUGUUCUUUCUAGUCUUUAUUCUUUGUCUCCAGCCGAACUCCGUUUGGGCACAUUCUCCUAUAGCCUUUUCUGCCUGAAGAUACUCUGUGUUUUAAAGCUAAGCUUAGGUGGCGCUUUUUCCAUUAAAUUUUUCCUGGAUUCCACUGACCA